AUGGCGGCAUCGGGGGCGAACGGGCCCGGGCCGGGCUCGGGCUCCGGUUCGGGUUCGAGCUCGGCCUCGGCGGCCAACCCGCGCAAGUUCAGCGAGAAGAUCGCGCUGCAGAAGCAGCGUCAGGUUGAAGAGACGGCGGCCUUCCAGGAGGUGAUGAUGGACAUCGGCUCCACCCGGUUACAGGCACAGAAACUUCGAUUAGCUCAUACUCGGGGCCCCUAUUAUGGUGGUUCUCUGCCCAAUGUUAACCAGAUUGGCUGUAGCCUGGCAGAGUUCCAGAACCCCCUCCAUUCAUCCCUGGAUUCACGGAACACACGGCAGCAUGGUCUGGUGGAGCGGGUACAGCGGGAUGCUCGAAGGAUGAUGUCUCCCCUAUGCCGUUAUCCCCGCCACAUUGACAGCUCUCCUUAUAGUCGAGCCUACUUAUCUCCCCCUCCCGAAUCCAGCUGGAGAAGAACAAUGCCCUGGGGUAACUUCCCUGCUGAGAAGGGGCAGCUGUUCCGACUUCCAUCUGCACUCAACAGGACAAGCUCAGACUCUGCCCUUCACACAAGUGUGAUGAACCCCAAUCCCCAGGACACAUACCCAGGCCCCACACCGCCCACUGCCAUGCCCAACCGCCGGGGUGGUUUCCUAGAUGGGGAAGCAGACUCAAAAGUUUUUGUCUUUCAAGUUCCUGCAGUUGAGGAGAACUUGUCGGAUGACAAGCACUUGUUGAAGCCCUGGGAUCCUAAGAAGCUGUCUUCUUCUGCCCGACCUCGAUCCUGUGAAGUCCCCGGGAAUAACAUCUUCCCAUCCCCUGACCAGCCUGCCAAUGUGCCCCUCCUUCCACCUACCCUGAAUACUGGUGGCUCCCUGCCUGAUCUCACCAACCUACACUUCCCUGCACCACGGCCCACACCCCUCGACCCAGAAGAGACAGCCUAUCCCAGUCUGAGUGGGGGCAGCAGUACUUCCAACUUGACCCACACCAUGACCCAUCUGGGCAUCAGUGGCGGCCUGGGCCUGGGCAUCAGCUGUGAUGGGUCAGGCCUUAAUUCACCUCUCAACCACCUAUCCCUGCAGUCCUCCGUUAGCAAUCCCAACCUUCAGGCUUCCCUAAAUAGCCCCCAACCCCAGCUUCAGGGCUCCCACAGUCAUCCCUCACUGCCUGCCUCCUCCUUUGCCCGUCAUACUAUGCCUGCUACCUCCCUGGGCCACCCUUCACUCAGUGCCCCAGCCCUUUCCUCCACCUCGUCUUCCUCGUCCCCUGCGCUGGGCACCCCCCUGUACCCCACUCCCACCCCUGGGGCCUCCCCCCGACACCGACGUGUGCCCCUCAGUCCCUUGAGCCUGCCCGUGGGUGGAACUGAUGCCAGACGGCCCCAGCAGCAGCUGCCCAAACAGUUCUCGCCAACAAUGUCACCCACCUUGUCUUCCAUCACUCAGGGUGUCCCCCUGGAUACCAGUAAGCUGCCAGUUGACCAGCGACUGCCCCCUUACCCUUAUAGCCCUCCUAGCCUGCUUCUGCCUGCCCAACCACCAGUCACAAAGCCGCUGCAGCAACAACCACCACCUCCCCAGUCCUGUCCAGUUCAGUUACCCAGUGGACAGAGACAUUAUGGGUUACCAUACCCGCCUGCCUCCAGUGGGCAACAAUCAUGCCCCCCCACAGGAGACUUCAGCCUGGGGAAUCUAGAGCAAUUCAGCAUGGAGAGUCCAUCAGGCAGCCUGACGUUGGACCCUCCCAGCUUCUCUGAGGGGCCGGGCUUCUCGGGGAAUGAUGAGCCAGGGGGUGGGGGGAGUGGCCCCCAGGACUCCCAUGCCCUCAACCGCCAGAACCUGACACACUGUGCCCGCCAUGGUCCAGUGCCCAACAUCAUCCUCACAGGAGAUUCCCCCCCUGGCUUCUCCAAGGAGAUUGCAGCAGCUCUGGCAGGGGUACCUGGCUUUGAGGUGGCAGCUGCUGGAUUGGGAUUGGGGCUGGGGCUGGAAUAUGAGCUUCGAAUGGAACCGCCGAGCCUGGAUGGGCUGAACAUGUUGAGUGACCCCUAUGCCCUGCUGACUGACCCAGCUGUUGAGGACUCAUUCCGAAGUGAUCAACUACAGUGAGGGAUGUAGGACUGGGCACAGUGUCAGCACCCCACUUUUCUCCCAUCUUCCCUCCUCCUACUACCCUUUUUCCCCUUCCCCCCGGCCAGUAGAGAUUCCACUCUCUGCCCCCGGCCCUUUUCCCCAACCUGAAUGAGACCAAGGGAUCACAGGAUUAUGUACAAAGGAAGGGUUGCCUGCUUCAAUGUAUGGCAUCAGGGGCAGACAUGGAAGAGCACUAGGGAGGGCCUGAAGCACUUGUAACUUUGAACCGUCUGUCUGGAGGUCAGAGCCUGUUGGAUGUCAAGGGGUGGAAGAGGGACUGGGUAGCAGGGCAUGCCCAGGUGGUUGGGGGGGAGGUUGCAGUGCUGGCCCCUCCCCACAAUUUC